AUGGCGUCGUACGUUUGUCCCGGCAGCUCCUCGGGGCCCACGAUGUGUUUCCUCGGUUGGUCCAGCAAACAGUUACCUAAAAGAGCGAUCCAACCUGUUACUACUCAUUUCCUACUCUUCUCUGCAAAGCUGCAAAUCUGUCAGGUAAGGCAGAACAACGAUGACAGCAAACCUCACUCAAAGGAAGCUGAUGUGAACGGGGAAGCUCUCAGAGCUGGAGGCUGGAGGCCCGCCAGGCUCGCCACGCUGCAGCCCGGCCACCCACGGCCCGAGGAGCAGCACGCCUCUGCCGGCCAGGGCGAUGCCUACCUCGCGGGUGAAGAGGAUGGCGGCAUCGUAGUGCUCGUCGUGGUCGUCGUCGAGGCGGUUGUGCUGGUGCUGCCACUUGCAGAAGUUCUUGAGAGUGGUGGCGGCGUUCCUGUUGACCUCCAGCCCCUUCUCCUUCUCGCCCAGGGCCACCACCUUCACCACGGCCAGCCGGACGUGGUUCUCCAGGCUGGCGUGGGCGUAGAGCCGGGAGGCGAUGGAGGCCAAGCAGGGAAGAGCCGGGAGCACAUGGAAGGAGAGAGAGAGGCAAAAAAUCCCAAAUCGCUGCUGCUGCCGGGGAGGCAAAGUGGGGAGAGAGGAAAAGGAGGAGAGGAGGCUCGGAACCGGCAAGUAGAGAAGUUUGAGCACUUCCCACUCCUCUUCCACUUCUCUGCUGUAGUCACCGGAUCAUCACCAGCAGCAGCAGGGGCAGGGGCCAGGUCUGCUGCGACUCGGCACUUUCUCGGGCUCCGGUGGGGUCCCUUUCCUUCUUUUGCCCCCUUUUGUUUUGAAGAGGAGAAAGGGAGACAAGAAAUUCAGGCACCAAAAACCGCCUCGAUCGUCUCCGGCGAGAUGGUUAAAAAGAAAAAAAAAAAAGCGCCCAAGAAGCGGAAAACGUCCUGGAUUUCUGUAAAAGCGCCCUCCCUAGUGAGUGGAGAUUGGCAAACAGCUCAUUCUCUGCCCAGACCAUGGCUGGAAGGCAGCAUGGGCUCUGGGAAGGCGGGAGGAAGGGGACCCCUGAGGAUUCCGACCCUGCUGAUUUCCCCUGCUGAGGUACGGACCCUGCGUAGCCAGGGCCUUGCCUUGCACCAAGUCAAGCAUGGAUGCAUGGGAAACAGCAGUGCUUAUUAUCUCAUGUUUCCUCUCGAUGUCCCAAAACGGGUGCCUGGAACAGGUGCUCUCUGGCUGCAGGACUCCAGAGGGAUGCAGGUCUCCAACUCCAUCCUCACCUGCAAACAGCAUCUCAACCCAGCUGCUCUGACUGCAAGGGAGUGAUGGGCACAUCUGGAUCACAGCCGUGGUAGUGGGAUGCACAGAGAAUGGCAGACCAGCACUCGCCUCUGUAGCUUCCAGGGGCUGCUUUGAGAGUCUGGCACUUCUCUAAGGAACAGGUUAAUUAAAGCCACAAAUGUUUCAAAAAUUAA